CUCUCUCUCUCUCUCUAGUUGUGAAGUGUGUUCUCAUCGCCAGUCCCUGGCUUUGUGAAGGAUCAGUUCUGCACCUACCUGUUCCAGCAGGCUGUGAAAACUGACAACAAAGUUCUGCUGGAGAACCGGUCCAAAUUCAUGCAGGUCCAUUCCUCCUCUGGACACAAGUACUCCCUCAAAGAAGUCUUGUCCGAUCCCGCAGUGAUCAGUCGCCUGUCGGACACCAAGGCUGCAGGGGAGGUGAAGGCUCUGGAGGAUUUUUAUAAGCUGCUUCAGCAUGAGCCAGACCGGGCCGUCUAUGGUGUUGCUCAUGUGGAGCGGGCAAACGAAGCGAUGGCCAUCGACGUUCUCCUGAUCAGCGACAACCUUUUCAGGCAUGAAGACAUUGCCACACGCAGUCGUUAUGUGAAGCUGGUGGACAGCGUGAAAGACAAUGGAGGAAGCGUGCGAAUAUUUUCCAGUCUGCACGUGUCAGGAGAGCAACUGAAUCAGCUGAGCGGGGUUGCGAGUCUUCUGCGUUUUCCGAUCGCUGAUAUCUCUGAGGAAGAGGAGGAUUCUAGCUCCGAGGAAGACUAAAAUCAACCCCAUUUACUCUGUACAAUCGCUAACAUUAAAAGGGACUAUAUAUAUAUAUAUAUAUAUAUAUAUAUAUAUAUAUAUAUAUAUAUAUAUAUAAUGUAUAAUUCACAGUAAAUUGUCCAUGUUCCUUUAGGACCUUAUUAGCAGCAGCUACACUUAUAAUUUCUCUGAGUGUAGAUCUUGCAUUCAGAGUGUCAACGACAAAGCAUUUGAAAGGUUUAAAACCACAACAGGAUCUGCACAAACAGAUUAAACACGUUCAUAUCAUG